AUGGCACCGAUAAGUAUCUAUCAAGCUCGGCUUUCACAUUCGAAUUUGAGCGUGGGUUCUGUGCGGGUCAACUCCCUCUUGAUUUCGAACAAGGCUGUUUCACGGACCGGGGGAUUCAUGGACAAUGACACAAAUCAUCGACGGGGCAUUGCUAACCUGGGAAGAUGGCGGCGAGAGUGGUCCCUUUCUUACAGUCAUCCUAUACCCAGGGCAACGACCGUUGCGCCACGGCGUCACAAUGUUAUCACAAGCAGGAGCUGCUACUCAAGGGCCGAUCCUCCCGCUGACACUCGACGGGUGACCGGCCCUCCCACUGUCACUCGACACAAUUUUAUCAGGAGCUGCUGCUCAAGGGUCGAUCCUCCCCUUGUCACUCGACGAGUGACCGGCCCUCCCACUGACACUCGACGAGCGAUGGGCCCUCCCGCUGACACUCGACGGGUGACCGGCCCUCCCACCGUCAUUCUUGAACGAGGCAGAAGCAGAGUUAUGAGCGACGACAGUCUGUCUCCUCCGGCGUAUACCCCUGUCUCCACACAGAGAACGAUUUACGCUGUUCCGAGGCAGACCAUAAAUAUUGUCACCGGCUCUACGACUGGUUUGGUCAUCAACCCUUACGUGCACGCGAACUAG